GGUGCUCUAAACCAAGGCUAUGAGGAUGUUUACGUUUCUCUGAGAGGACGCGAUUCAGACGACUGUGGCACGUUGAUUCAACCAUGCAAGUCCAUCGCCAAGGCAGUUCAACGAGUGGACAUAGGUGGAUACAUUUAUCUCGAUGGCACUGGCACGGAACGAAAACCCUAUGACUGCGGGUUGUCAGUGGUAUCCAACCACCAAUCUGGUAUUAUUGUCCAGAAGAGUUUGACGAUUGAAGGUUUUAAGUCCAGGUCUUAUGUGUCAUGUGUCAAUGGUUUCCAUUUCGUUAAGACAGAUAGUCGACCGUUAGGGAUCUUUCUGUCUGGUAUUGUUUUCCAGAAAACGCCGUUAACCUUUCAAGACAGUGAUAAUCUAACGAUUUCAAGUUGUUCUUUCAAAGAAAGCUUCACUGCAGUAAGCGUUUACGCAAAAAGUAACAGUGUAAUUCGUAUAAACAUUGAUGGCUUUUCUUCCUUCGAGAACAACACUUCUUGUCUAGAUGUCAUUUGGCGAAACCCCUCUCAGGUGGGUGAUCGAGCGGUAUUUAUAGAUAUGAAACAUAUCAUGUUUACGGGAAACGGACUUGGCAAACAGCUUGCAAGGGGUUUAGUUACAAUCAAAUCAGAACUGGAGCAACCACCUCGUUUGCACGUCCAAAUCUCUUGUUUGCACGUCACAGCGACAAAAAACCAUGGGUAUUUUGUAAAUCUUAAUUUAUCGGAAGCUGUGACGAGUGAAAUGUAUACAGAUGUCGUAUUAGUCAACAAUACCGUCACUGAACCGAGCUCCGGUGGGAAAAGGUACGACACGGUAAACAGCUUGUUCAGCUCUCUAACUAAGAAAACCCAUGCAACCUUCCGUAACCUAACAUGUUCCCACAGCCGUUUUUUGCGAUGUAUCAAAAUUCAGUCUAAAGAGUCGCAAGUGGAAAUUCAGAAUUCGUCGUUCAUAGAACUACAAAUUCCAAACGAACGCGGGGGAGCGAUUUUCUUUAAUUCAACGUUACGUGGGUCCCUUACGCUUUUCAACAACAUGUUUUAUCGGAUCAUAGCUAAGGGCGGCGGAGCUCUGUUCUCACACAGUGAAUAUGGAACCCUGCAUCUACAAAUCAUGGAUUGUAACUUUACUAAAUGUGCUGCAAAAACUUUUGGAUGUGCAAUUCUUGUUGGAGAUCAAACAAAUAGAGCCGGCACUAAGAACCUGAUUGCAAGCUUUAAAGAGAUCAGAGCGCAUGAUUGUUAUGGUUACAAAAACAGAUGCGACAGUGUUAGGCUCAUGUUAAGAAAUGGAAAAGUGGUCAUUGAGGAUUCUUCUUGGAGAAACAAUAAUUGGUCGGUGAGUGGAACCCUGUCUGUUAUCAACACAGGUGGUAAUACUGAUUUAAUUAUUUCUGGAUGCACGUUUUUUCAUAACGCUGUUAAUGCGCAGGAAAUCACUGUUGAGGCGUAUAAACGUAAAGCAGGCAAUGUUACGAUUGCAAACAGCGAAAUGCUUAGCCAAGAAACUGGCAAAAGUCGGGCGGUGUUCAUAACUUCAAACUUCAGGACCAGCCUUCUUAACGUUAUAGUAAGGUCGUACUUUGACGCGCUGCGUAUCACAGGUUGGGAUCCUUAUAUACUCAAUUCUUCAUCGGAUGCUUAUCCCUUUUUCUUGUCAAUUUUCAACUGCACCUUCCAGGAUAGUGUCAGGGCUAUUCAUGCAACUUCACCCGAACCAUCUCAAGUGGAAUUGAGAAUUGCGAAUACCAUUUUUAUCACAAGAAAAACUGGCGACCUAUCUGGACUUCGUUUCUUUAUCUUACCUCUGAAGAUAAUCCACCGUCCGGACGUUAUCGUCGAUUUGGACAAUGUAACAUUUGCCUCUUCGCCUUGUAACCUCUUGGCUUUUUUAUUUUCAGGCAAUAAAUCUAUUCGCAUCAAAAGGUCUCAAUUCACUAACUGCCUUUGUUCGAGUAAAUGGGCAUGGGAUGGCAUAGCAAGUAGUUACAGUGUGUACACAUUAUCUGUUGGUGCCAUUUCGAUUUUUUCAGGCCACGAUCACAAGUUGAGCCAAGGAUGUGUCGACGUUAAAGACAACAACGAUACGCACCCUAUUUGGGAAUAUCAGGCUCACGUAGAGUUUGAAGAUACGUUAUUCGAGGGUAAUGGAGGAAAGAUUUCUGGUGGUGUACAAGUGUGUAAUGGUAACACAACCUUUAAAAGAUGCCGCUUCAACAAUAAUUUUGCUGCUGAACAAUCUGGUCAUGUUUAUCUAGCCUAUGGAACUGGAAAAGCAGAUUUCAUUGACUGUAUAUUUAACUCGUCAGCAGAAAACCUGAAACUGAACAAGACGACUUUUCGAAAGUCGGCAUUCGUGAAGUCAGACAGUGGAGGACCAAUUGGCCUUGAAAACACAACCAUGUCCUCUUUCUAUCCACAAAGUUAUGCGGGCUAUCCCGUAUUUGACAUCUCCAGCGGAGGUUACGUUUAUAUGGAUGAUAAUUCAACCAUUCAGUGCCCCAUUGGCAGCAAGCUUGUGUUGGAUAAUGCCACGCAUUUUGUUCAAGAUGACUACAAUAGUAAAUUUUGUAGGAUAAAUAUUACAGUACUGAAGUACUUGUGUCUGCGCUGCAUCCUAGACUCUUACAGCAUGAUACGUGGAUCUACUCAUGGAUUAUCGUUAAACAACACAGUAGAGUGUCUUCCAUGCCCGUUUGGUGCCAGUUGUGUCAAAAGAAAUAUAGUGGCCAAACGUAACUAUUGGGGUCAUCUAAAUAGCUUAUCAGUCCCACCAUCACUGACGUUUAUUGCCUGUCCAGAGCAUUAUUGCCGACAGCCAGGCCCAGGCGCAAACGGUUAUAACAGUUGCUCAGGGAACAGAAGAGGAAUUCUGUGUGGUGAAUGCACUCCAGGAUACAGUGCAACUGUGUUCUCACCAGAGUGUCGAAAGGACGAGGAAUGUGAAAACUAUUGGUUCUGGGUAUUGACAUUCUUAUUAACGAUUGUAUUAUCGUUAUACCUAUUAAGAAAACCACCAACUUUAAGUUUUCUUCUCUAUAAGAUAAUUUGGUUUAGAAGGAAAGAAAGCCCACAAGAAGACAGCACGUUUCAUGAAGCCGACCACAACACAGAUAACGCCUAUAUAAAAAUAACUUUUUAUUUCUAUCAAGUUGCUGAAAUUUUAAUGGUCAGUUCUAAAGAGAGCCUUCUGCAAACGGUGCCAGGUAUCUCUGCAGUUAUCGCUGUGUUCAACUUUAAGCUACGCGCCCUUAAUAAAGGGCUCGGUUGCCCUUUCCCUGGGCUAACAUCGGUGACAAAGCAACUGGUUCUUUCCGGUACCGUUUUCUUGACAAUGGCUGACGUUGCUCUCGUUUAUUUCGUCCACUGUGUUAUCAACAUAAUUAGGCGCAAACAGAAGCCAUCCCUCCUCCAUUACAUGGCCGUCACCAUGGAGGUGUUGCUGUUAGGCUACGAAAGACUGGCUGAAACUUGCCUCAAACUGAUGACCUGUGUAUCAAUCGGAUCUGAAAUGCGGCUUUUUAUCGAUGCAAAUGUUACAUGCAUGCAGUGGUGGCAGUAUCUCGUUCUUGCCUGCAUUGCGGUGUUUAUUGUCCCCUUCAUUGUCGUUCUUUACCUCGGAUCAUCCAAGCUUUACAAGGGUUCAAUGAAAGAAACUGAAUUUCUUGCUGCGUGCGUGCUUCCAUUGCCAUUUCUUGUGUAUUGGCUUCUUAAGAAAACCGAGAAACGACCAGGGAAUGAAUCUCUUGUAGUACAAGCUGUGAACAAAGAUGUCAUGGAAGUACUUCAUGGUCCUUUCCGUCCACCGAGGAGCGACGAUGGAGGGACACUCUACUGGGAGAGCGUGCUGAUUGGCCGAAGACUAAUUCUCCUUGUUUUUCAUUCGUUCAUAACAAGGCCAAUGGUACGAAUGAUCGCCAUGGCUACAGCUUGCUCUCUGAUAGCAAUCCACCAUGUCUUAAAGUAUCCAUUUCGAAAUGCGAUAGCUAACAGAGUCGAGACAUUGUCCCUUACUGCUUUGUUAAUUAUUUCCAUGAUUAAUCUUACCAAAGCAACCCUGAUAUCAUUUGGUAUCACGAUCAUCGGGCCUUACGGAAGUUUUCUUGAUGUUAUGGAAUGGUUCGAGGUUGGUGUACUGGGGAUUGUACCGGUAUUAGUGUCCGUUUUGGUCAUUAGUGCCAUUCUCUCUCAACUCCUCCGCGUUUUGUUAUUUCUUUUCGAGCAAGCUGGCAGACUUUGUCAUCGGCCUGGCAACACUCAUUGCUCCAGGGACGAACAGAAAAGGCCCCUCUUGGAUGUUGCUGGGUGA